GACAUCAUUUGCAUAGCAUAAAUAAGAAGGACAUGGUCCAUGGUCCAGGACCACUCUCCUGGGAUUCCGGCUUCUUGACUUCUGCCCCUCGCACCUCCAUCACAAACCUGCAUCAUGGCUGAAUUCACUGCUGACCAGAUUGAGGACUUCAAAGAGGCUUUUGGUCUCUUUGACAGAGUUGGAGACUCCAAGGUGGCUUACAACCAGGUUGCCGACAUCAUGCGUGCCCUGGGUCAAAACCCCACCAACAAAGACGUCAAGAAGAUCCUGGGAGACCCAACUGCUGACGAUAUGGCCAACAAAAGAAUCGACUUUGAAACUUUCAUGCCAAUGAUGAAGACUGUUGACGCCAACCAGAAGGGUACCCAUGAUGACUACGUUGAGGGUCUGCGCGUCUUCGACAAAGAGGGCAACGGCACAAUCAUGGGCGCUGAGCUGCGCAUUGUGCUGGCCACACUGGGUGAGAAGAUGAAUGAGCCUGAGAUUGAUGCUCUCAUGCAGGGACAGGAGGAUGAGAACGGCAAUAUCCACUACGAGCCUUUCGUGAAUCACAUCAUGUCUGUGUAAGAGGCCAUCUGUUGUGGGAGUGGUGAGGAAAGCUAAAUUACAUCUGCAGACCCCAUGGUGUCGGGACAUCCAUUUUGUUAUGAAGACCAAUCAAUAAAAAGGACUUUGGGUUGUCACUUCUGAACCAUUCAGUU